AUGGAAUCAAAACCAUUUGAAGCCUUUGAAACACAGUGUAGCAGUGACUGUACACAUCCAAAUCGAACAAUCUGUGAUAGUUGUAUGUAUGAAUAUGUGCGUAAUAAUUGGAAUAUUGGCUCCGAUAUUUAUUGCCCGGAAUGUUCUACUCCUUUGUCACAUAUUACCAUCAAACUAAUUCUUCUCAAGUACGAUGACACUAUUCUCUACGAGCGUUAUACCCUAUUUGAACUUAACAGAGCUCUUGAACAAAAUUCUGAAUUUGUUUGGUGUGCACAUGGCUGUGGUUCAGGUCAAUUGAACGAAGGUGCAACAAUGAAUAACACAAUUCAAUGUGUUAAUUGUCAUCUAUUAACUUGUUUUACUCAUAAAUGCCCAUGGCAUGAGGGAAUGACAUGCGAAGAGUACGAUAUGCCUCGCACCGAUGGACAAUUACAUGCUAGUCAACGCUGGAUCAAUGUGAAUACCAAAGAAUGUCCUAAAUGUCAUUCUCACAUUGAAAAAAAUGAAGGUUGCGAUCAUAUGACUUGUUUCAAAUGCAAGCAAGAAUUCUGUUGGGAGUGUUUUGCGCCUUAUUCAGGUAUAAAAAGACAUGGUGCUUAUUUACAUAAUCGUAAAUGUAAACAUUAUCCUGCUACGGAAACAAGAAGUAUAUUCAAGCGUAUAAUUGAUCUUUUCUAG